AUGUUUUGGCGUUUCGGGGGAUAUGCAAGUAUCUCAUCCAUUGAUACCCUGCUUGACAGGCCCGAAGUCAGCCUGGAGGAGCUUUUGGACGAGUCAGAGCUGAUCCAGGAGCUGAAGCAACAUAAUACAAAACUCAUAGAGUAUUUACGAGAUGAUAAUGUCUUGAAACGUCUUAUGGACUAUGUGAUUGCCCCUAGCCUGGUCAACGAUGAUGAUGAAGAGGACGGUACCAACGACAGCAAUGCCGCAAAGACGUUAAAUGAUGCUUCUGCGGAGGGAAGGCGGGGUGAUCCGCUGAGGGAACUUUUGGAUCCAGAAGACUUGGACAAGGCGGAGAAGGACCGCCUCAAGCGAGCCUAUGUGGCAUGUGAGAUUCUUUCGUCGGAAGUCUGGUCGAUAUUGGAAUCCAUCAUGCUCAAUCCCGGCUACUUACGGGACUUCUGGGGCUUCGUGCGGAGACCCCCGACCCUGGACUCGGUUCAAGCGAGUUAUUUUACGAAAGUGAACGAGACCUUGUUUGACAAAAAAACUAGCGAAAUGUUGGAGUUCUUCAAGUCUCUAGAGGGCAUCAUCCCGGCCAUUCUCCUGCAUGUGGAUAAUCCGAUGGUCAUGGACCUUUUAUUGAAGAUCAUCAGCCUUGAGAAGGCAGAGGGGGGUCAGGGGAUCGUCGAUUGGUUGCAAACGCAAGACCUAAUACCUAUCCUUCUCUCGUUUCUGUCAUCCGACUGUCCAGCCUCUGUCCAAACUUCAGCGGGUGAUUUCCUGAAGGCAAUUAUCACCAUCUCUGCGAAUGCCACCCAAAAUGACCAAUCAUGUAUCGGACCCAAUAGUCUGACCCGUCAGUUGGUCUCUAAGCCAUGUGUGGAGAGCCUCAUCAAGGCUAUGCUGCAGGGCGGAAACCCUUUGACGGUCGGCGUUGGUAUCGUUAUCGAAGUCAUUCGAAAGAACAACUCCGACUAUGACCCCGAAAAUGUCAACAGCCCCGACUCAAUGCCCUCUACCUACGACCCCAUCUAUCUUGGAACUCUCCUGCGACUUUUCGCGAAGCACAUCCCUGAUUUCAUGGCGCUGGUUCAAAGCUCGAAACACACUGUCCAUCACGGUGGGCAGGUGAAGAGCGUAGAGAGGGGACGGCUCAAUUCGGCCUGGGGUGCUAAAAUCGAACCUCUGGGAUUUGAUCGGUUCAAAACUUGCGAGCUAAUGGCGGAGCUUUUGCACUGCAGUAACAUGGGCCUCCUGAACGAACCGGGAAGUGACGAAUAUGUGCAGCAACGGGAUGAUGAACGGGAGAGGCUGGUCCGGGAGGGGGUUUUCAGCCUGCAUCGAGACGAAGCUUCCGGGUUCGAUGGGAACGAGUCUACAGCAGAUUUCGUGAAUGGAUCGGUAAUUGGAUAUGGUUCUCCAGAAAACUCCAAGGUUCUUGAGUCGUCAGUGAACACCGGCGAAGAUGGGUUCGAGGAUGUUGGCUCGUCAGGCAUUCUUGUCGACAAGGAGAAAGAUGCCUCUGAAGACAAGAACUCGAGCAACCAAGAACUGCCAUCGCAGCACGUGCCUCUAGAGGGGCAAGAAUCCCGCCCUGCUCCGGAACCAGCCUCGAUUGAGGCCUCGGUGAAUAGUGAUCAGAGCCAGAAGGAUACGCUGGAGACUUCAACAACGGCUCAGACGCGCAUACCUUCUGAUCCUCUAUCUCCUACAACGUCAGGGCUCACAGACCAAAUUGGGGAAGUCUCUCUUGACGCUCAAACCCCGAAUGAGACCCAGUCAUCAACUAGCGGGCCGUCCGAGGAAUCGAGAGCUGCCCCGUCAAGUGAUCAAGGCCAGGAGCAAUCUUCUGCUCCGAUGUCAUCCUACCCCGAGGCGGUUCCGCCUCCUCUUUUCGCCGCAAAACCGCAGAUCCCCCUAAACACCCCCCCGAGUCCUGAUACUGCUGGCCAGGUCGGCGAUGCUUCGGGUCCUACAGAGUCUGUUCCAGAACCAGCAUCGACCCAGAAAGAUAAGGCGGACCCCGAAGAACAGAUGCAUCCGGACAUCCAGAUUGACACCAAUGGGCUCCCUGUUGUAGGUGAUUAUCUGAAGCUUAUGUUUGUCAAGAAUCGGGUCGUCCCCACCAUUCUGGACUUCUUUUUCCGUUUCCCAUGGAACAACUUUCUUCACAAUGUUGUCUAUGACGUUGUGCAACAAGUGUUCAAUGGCCCUAUGGAACGAGGGUACAAUCGAGCGUUGGCCAUAGAUGUUUUUGAGACUGGUCGCAUAACACAAGAGAUUGUGGAAGGACAAAAAAGAAGCGACGAAGCACAGCGAAUCAAGCAGAUCCGACUAGGGUAUAUGGGGCAUUUGACGCUUAUUGCCGAGGAGGUCGUCAAGUUUAGCGAACGACACCCACCGGAAUUACUGUCGCCAACAGUCAUGGACAACGUGUUGAACCCCGAAUGGAUCGAUUAUGUCGAACAGACUUUGUCUGAGACACGAGAGCGAGACAACGCGAUCCUGGGUGGGGUUCGCCCUGACAUGUCGAUUGGCAGUCGCCAGGGCAUGCUCAAUACAGGCCAAAGCAUGAAUACCUCUUCUGCGCUUGCUGAAGCUGGUCUCAAUGGUGCGGCUGGGGCCUCCAACUUCCAGGGCUUUGAUAUGAACCAAGGAAGUGUGUCCGGCGGGGCUUUCGGCCUUGGUGGUGGCAGCAGCUCUUUGCUGAGUGGGUUUGCCAGUUCGAGUGAUGAUGACGAAGACGAAGACAUGGAAGACCAUGAUGAACGAAAUUCAACCGAACUAUCCGCCGAAGGCGGCCCUGAAAAUGCCUCCGGUUCCACCAGCCAGCCUAUUCCUAUCCUUCCUCCACCUCCCGCUCCUCUAAGUCUUGGACCGUCUCGAGCACGGAGGCAAUUAGCUGCUCGGUUAGCCCUGCAAAAGCAGCAGGCAGCUGAGAACAACGAGAACAGGGACGAAGACAGGCCGGAGGGCGCCCAUGAGAAUACGGACUCGCAAUGGUCUUCGAACCCGUUUGUGAUCGCCGGUCUGGAGGAGGACGGCGACGCAGGGGGCUCGCCGGCAAGAUCGGCCUUCGCAUCAACCGAUUUCGCACCCGCGCAUAAAGACGAGUCUUUCUCGUCUCCUACAUUUCCCGAAUCAGGAUUUAGUCCUCCCGACUCCCUGUCAAGUAACUCCGACGAUGAUGGCAAAGCCAGGGCGCAAGGGGUGAGGCGUAAAGAGAGGGUUCCCCUAGAAGUCGACGAUGAUGAUGACGACAUGGGGGAGAUGGUUGGUCCUUCGAGCGGGGGGGACAUGAUGGACUCCGACGAAGAGGACGAGGCCAUCAUCAACGAGUCACUGGGGUAUCCGGAUCUUGGCCCGGGAAGAUACAAAAGCUUCCGCAGAUCGCGGAUGGGGCCGUCUCCUUUUGGAGACGAUCCUAAUGAUAGCAGCGAUGGCGAGGAUGACGGACUGGUCGAGAUCUUGGUUCCCGGAAGGAAAUCGUGA